GGGCGCAUGCGUGCGGUGCUGGGCUGCGAGAUAGCUGGAAGUCCCGGGCGGUGUUGGGGAAAGUGAGCUAUGGCAGCCACGAGUGCCCUUCCAGGCGUAUCUUUGCGAGAAGCCACCCAGCGAAGGUUGCGGAGGUUUGCAGAGCUUAGAGGCAAACCUGUGGCAGCUGGAGAAUUCUGGGACAUUGUUGCAAUAACAGCAGCUGAUGAUAAACAGGAACUUGCUUAUAAGCAACAGCUGUCAGAAAAGCUGAAAAAAAAGGAGUUACCACUUGGAGUUCAAUAUCAUGUUUUUGUUGAUCCUGCUGGAGCCAAAAUUGGUACACAUUUAUGGAAAUGGAGGAUCUACGCUUUGUGCCCUUCGAUGUUUGGAAAAGCUUUAUGGAGAUGAAUGGAAUUCUUUUACCAUCCUAUUAAUUCACUCUGGUGGCUACAGUCAACGCCUUCCAAACGCAAGUGCUCUGGGGAAAAUUUUCACUGCUUUACCUUUUGGUAGCCCCAUUUAUCAGAUGUUGGAAUUAAAACUAGCCAUGUACAUUGAUUUCCCCUCACAUAUGAAUCCUGGGAUUCUGGUUACCUGUGCAGAUGAUAUUGAACUUUAUAGUAUUGGAGAAUCUGAGUAUAUUAGGUUUGACAAACCUGGCUUUACUGCUUUAGCUCAUCCUUCUAGUUUGACUGUAGGUACAACACAUGGAGUAUUUGUCUUAGAACCUUUUAACUAUUUAGAACAUAGAGACCUCGAGUAUAGAAGUUGCCAUCGUUUCCUUCAUAAGCCCAGCAUAGAAAAGAUGUAUCAGUUUGAUGCUGUGUGUAGACCUAGAAAUUUUUUUCAACAAAACUUUGCUGAGGGUUACAUACCCUCUCUUAAAUUAGACCCUGAGUAUGUCUACACAGACAGCCUAUUUUACAUGGAUCAUAAAACAGCAAAAAAGUUACUUGCUUUUUAUGAAAAAAUAGGUACACUAAACUGUGAAAUAGAUGCCUAUGGAGACUUUCUGCAGGCUUUAGGACCUGGAGCAACUGUGGAAUAUACCAGAAACACAUCAAAUGUUACUAAAGAAGAGUCGGAGUUGGUAGACAUGAGGCAGAGAAUAUUUCAUCUUCUUCAAGGAACAUCACUAAAUGUUGUUGUUCUUAAUAACUCCAAAUUUUAUCACAUUGGAACAACUGAAGAAUAUUUGUUUCAUUUUACUUCUGAUAGCAAUUUGAAGUCAGAGCUUGGCUUACAGUCCAUAGCUUUUAGUAUCUUUCCAGCAAUACCAGAAUGCUCUAGUAACAAAUCCUGCAUCAUUCAAAGUAUAUUGGAUUCAAGAUGUUCUGUGGCACCUGGCUCAGUUGUAGAGUAUUCCAGAUUGGGGCCUGAUGUUUCAGUUGGGGAAAAUUGCAUUAUUAGUGGUUCUUAUAUCAUAACAACAGCCGUCCUGUCUGCACAUUCUUUUGUGUGUUCCUUAAGCUUGAAGAUGAAUAGACACUUAAAGUAUUCAACUAUGGCAUGUGGAGUGCAAGACAACUUGAAAAAGAAUGUUAAAACAUUGUCAGAUAUAAAGUUACUUCAAUUCUUUGGAGUCUGUUUCCUGUCAUGCUUAGACAUUUGGAAUCUCAAAGUUACAGAGGAACUGUUCUCUGGAAACAAGACAUGUUUGAGUUUGUGGAAUGCUCGUAUUUUCCCAGUUUGUUCUUCUCUGAGUGAUUCAGUUACAACAUCCCUAAAGAUGUUAAAUGCUGUACAGAACAAGUCUGCAUUCAGCCUGAAUAAAUAUAAGCUGUUGUCCAUUGAAGAAAUGCUUUUCUACAAAGAUGUGGAAGACAUGAUAACUUAUAGGGAGCAAAUUUUUCUAGAAAUUACUUUGAAUAGAAAACAGUCUGAUUUAGAGACAUCUUAAAUAGUGUAUACUCUGCCUUUCUUGACUGAGCAAGAUUGCAGAUGCAGGAGUUUUCUGUAGACUUGUUUUUUAAUUGAAGUGAAUUAAUGAAAAUUAUAUUAACAUGAUUGCUGUAGCAUAAAAUUAAUAACAAAAAUACAAAUAAACCAUUUUUUGAUGAAAGAAUUAAUAGUUUAAGGAUGUAAGUUCAGAAAAGUGAUUUUUUUAUAUUUAUCACUAUUUAAAUUUUUCUUUUAUAAAGAUGGACUUGUGGAACAUUAUUUUGUUCACAAAAUACUAUAAUUGUUUUAAAGGUAAUUUUCUAAAUAUACCUUCAGAAUUUUUUCAUCUUCUUUUGGGCUUUGGUUCCAAUGAAGUUCUAAGUGUUCAUUGGCAGUUCUCAAGUGCAUUAGACCUAUUCUGAUGAACUAAUAAAAAUGUCAUACUGUAGGGUCUUCAAAGCACUGUAGGAAUACUGUAGAAGUACUUUUUCAGAAACAAAUCCAUGGCUGACAGAGUCAAAUUAAAUGAAUGCUUAAAAUAUUGUGAUAGUCUGAAUUAAUAAAUAAGUAUUAAUAGAUACAAACCAUUCUGAAAUUGAUAAAAAUCUAUGUGACUUAUCAGCAACCCUCAGUUAUGAUAUUUAUGUGUAUAUUUUUUCAAGUUUCUUCCCAAGGAGUAAAUAAAGAUAUAUGGUAGCCAUUGUUUAGCAUUUACUGAUUUACUUGCAGAGAUUUCAGAGGAUGUUAUGUGUUUGUCACUCAUUAAAAGUUCAGUGCUGUAUUUCUAAUCUAAUUGAUCUAAGGUACCAUCAGUUAUUAAGAAUCACCAUUAUUUUAUGUUCCACUGAAAAAGAGAAAACACGACCAAUAAAAUAUGCAAUGCUUUUCUUGUUACUUGAA